AUGAUGGCGGCGUCUAGGCUCAAGCUCCUCGCUCUUCUUGUCCUGCUGGUCCUCCUCCUCCCCCUCUUCGCCGCCCGGCCCCGCGUCCUCCCCGAGGCGCUCCUCCGCGCCCCGGUCCUCCCGGGCGACCUCCUCCCUCUCCUGCCCUGGUCCGUGGCGCAGCCGCUGCUCCGCCGCCUCGCGCUGCGGGGCCCCGCCGACCUGCUCCCGGCCUUCGUCGGCGCCGCGCGCGCGCCGGGGCCCGACGACGCCCACCCGCUCGCGGAGUGGAAAGGCGCCUGCUUCUACGAGAACAGGGCAUGGGUGGAGUUCCGCAACGGGACCGGCGGGGGCCUCGGAGGCGGCAUAGUCCAUGUGGAGAGUUACCUGGGAUUACUACUUUUGGGGCGAGAGCACACUCUUGAUUUCGAAGAAUGGGAAAGUGAGGCUGAGUAUGAAUAUGUGAAACAUAAUGGUGUGUCCAUUUUCCUCAUGCCAUCUGGAACAAUUGGCACACUUCGAGCACUUUGGGAGGUCUUCCCUCUGUUCACAAAUACUGCAUGGGGUGAGAAUGCGAAUCUUGCUUUUCUCGAGAAGCAUAUGGGUGCCACCUUUGAGGAACGGCCGAAACCUUGGGUUUCAGAGUUAAAUCCUGAUGAUAUCCACUCUGGAGAUUUCUUGGUUUUAUCAAAGAUUCGUGGGCGUUGGGGUGGUUUUGAAACACUGGAGAAGUGGGUUACUGGCGCUUAUGCAGGCCAUACUGCGGUUUGCCUUAGGGACUCUGAUGGAAAGCUUUGGGUUGGGGAAUCUGGUAAUGAAAAUGAACAGGGAGAAGAUGUUAUUGCUAUCCUGCCAUGGGAGGAAUGGUGGGAGUUUGAAGUGACAAAGGAUGACUCAAAUCCUCAGAUUGCACUGCUUCCUUUGCAUCCAGAUUUGCGAGCAAAAUUUAAUGAGACAGCAGCUUGGAUUUAUGCAAAAAGCAUGAAUGGGAAGCCUUAUGGGUAUCACAAUAUGAUAUUUAGCUGGAUUGAUACCAUCAGUGAUAAUUAUCCACCACCAUUAGAUGCUCAUGUGGUUGCUUCUGUUAUGACUGUAUGGACCAAGCUUCAACCAGAGUAUGCUGGUAAUAUGUGGGAAGAAGCCCUUAACAAACGGCUUGGAACUAAGGGUCUUCACCUUUCUGAAAUCAUAGUGGAAUCAGAGAAACGUGGGAUAACAUUUGACAAGUUACUAACUGUCCCUGAGAAUGAUAGUUGGGUCUAUGAAGAUGGCCAGUCAGCAUCUUGUAUAGCUUUCGUCCUUAUGAUGUACAAGGAGGCUGGACUCUUUGACCCUAUUACCAGCUCUGUUGAAGUUACCGAAUUCACAAUAAAAGAUGCUUACACCCUCAACUUUUUUGAGGACAACUCCACCCGACUUCCAGAGUGGUGCAACAAGGAUGACGAUGUGAAGCUCCCCUUUUGCCAAAUCAAGGGCAGGUACCGGAUGGAGCUGCCUGGAUACAACACCAUGAAGCCCUAUGCCCACAUGAACGAAAGAUGUCCAUCCCUGCCUCCAGAUUACAAUAGGACUAAGGGUUGCUAG